AUGGUCGUGUCCGUGUCCGAUUCGUUCUUGUCACUGGUGUGGACCGUCGCGCUGCUCUCGCUCUUCACCUUCGUGUUCGCUGUCUUCCUCACUCAGCUCGUCGCGGACUUCCUCAGGCUGCGCGGCCAGAGCGUCGUGGAGGAGGAGGCGCUGCGGCGGCACUUCGGCUCGCUGCAGUCGGCGAUGCUCUCGCUGUACGAGGCCUGCACCGGGGGCAUCAACUGGCACGAGAUCUUGGACCCGCUGAUGUACAACUUCUCCCCGGCCGUCGUCGUCGUCUUCGUCCUGUACAUGUUCUUCGUGAUCUUCGCCCUGACCAAUGUCGUUAUCCGAGUUUUCGUCGAGUCCGCUCUGCGCACGGCGGAGGAUGACAAGAGGCGGCAGUUGAGCGCCCAGAUGUCCUCGCUGUUCCGCCAAGCAGACGAGGACAGCUCCGGCACGGUCACCUGGGACGAGUUCCAGGACCACCUCGCGGCGCCACAGCUGCAGACGUUUCUGAAGGCAAUCGACCUCGACGUCGACGAGGCCCGCGCGCUGUUCCACCUGCUCGACGUGGACGACUCGGGCGAGAUCGACGCCGAGGAGCUGGUGCAUGGCUGCCUGCGGCUCCACGGGCAGGCCAAGGCUAUUGAGCUCGCGGCCUUUAUGCACGAGUUCCGGAGGACCGUGCGCAGGGCCAGGGUCCACGAGGAGCUGGUGGAGCAGGCCCUGGAGCGCAUCUGCGACCACCUCGAAGGCCACGGCGCCCACGCGCCAGUGUCCAGUGCGGUGGCGGAUUGA